CAAAAAUAAAAUUCAAUUUAAAUUUCUUUCAUAAAAUUUGCCUAGAUUUCACUCAAGAUGUGCGAACACCUUUGCGAUGAUUUGGAAUCAUUUGAUCCGGAAAAGGAGUUCCAGAAGUUCCUAAAGCGCAAGCCAGAGGUUCGGACAGCUCAGCUGUAUGAGAAUUUACACAAGCGUGAGAAAGUCAAGUGUCCUUACAAUUUUAAGGGCUAUGGCGUGGAGACCGAUACAAACACCAUGUAUCGUACUUGCAACUCCGAAUAUGGUUACUAUGCACCCAAUGCCUAUACCAUACCGCAGCGUUUCUUUCCCCUCUCCCAGAAGUUCUCCAAUGAGGUCGUGCGUUUCGGCAUGUAUCGCAAUUUCUCAUUGAAUACGCACAUAGAUCGCAGCUUUUACUCAUAAGCUUCGAGGCGUUUACGAUAACUUAACAAACAAAGAACACGGCAAUCCUAUGAACAAACAAACACUCUUUGGACCUGAGCUUUGAAUAUCUUUGCAAAUUUUAUACAUUUAUCUUUUUGAAGUCGCUUUUUAAAACACCCAAUGGACACUAAACUUCAGAUUUUGUGGAGAAGAACUCGCAUAUAAAAUAUAUAUAUGUGCGAGGUUUGCGUAUAAACGCAGCAAAUCAACGAAACUAAACUUUUAAUGAAAAUAAAUUUCAAAGGUUUUAAAUUUAUAAAAAA